CCUUACAACUGGUUGAGGUAAAAUUGUGUCUUACAUAUAAAUUGUACCACUCAUUUCCUAAACCUAUUCAGAAGUGAUUAAUUCAUAUUUUGGCAUAAAAAAUUAACAAAGUUAAUUUAUUUUUAUAUAAAUGCAAACAUGAGUACAGUUAAUUCAUUAAAGCGUCCAUUACCAGAACCAAGUGACUCUUGCAAAUUGUUGGCUUGCAAAGCAUGCGAAAAAGAUGAUGUUGUUUUGAACCUGAAAACCUGUGGAUGCCUUUUAUGUGACUCUUGUGACGGUGAUUCGCGCGAUAAAUGUAUCUCUUGCCGAUCCAACGUCGAUCCAAAGAUAAAGGUGUCAUUCACGAAGAAUCCAAGAUGCAAGUUUUCUGAACUCAACCAGUGCUAUAGUGAUGCUGAAUACAAGUGUAGUUGUAUUCCAGACUGUUUUGUUUGUAGUUCAUGCCUUACCUACAUUCACAGGAAAAGGUUCCGCGGAUCAUGUGUUCCUGAAAUUUUGAGACCAGAAAUCACCUUUGAACACGAACCAUGUAAAUUGUGUGAAGAAUUUAUUGCUGAGUUUGAAACGACUUCGGAACCGCAUACAAAAAUUUGCUUCAAUUGUAAAACAAAUGGAACAAUUCAAUUCGAAAAAAUUGUUUAUAAAGAUCCAGAUUGGAACUUGUUUCAUAAAGUGUGCAUGAAAUCUUCACAAAAUGUGUCAGAUAAAAUUAAAACAAUUGAGGAUGAAUUGGAAUCAAGAAUUUUAGCUCGUGAACAAGAGAUAAAAAAAUACAAAGAUGCAAUUAUGAAAAUACAAAACUGUUUGACCGAAUAUACUGAACAAUCUGAUCGACAAAUUGUAGCUCUUAAACAGCGACUUGAAAAUUUCAAAAAGAUUUCAAAUAUUUUCCAGCCUGAUGGUACAACUAAAACUAUUCUUGAUCUACUCAAAAAUAAACAAUUGACCUUACAUGGAGAACCAGGAAAAGAGCAAAUAAUUGGAUUUUACAAUUAUUAUCGAGAUAAAAUUAACUCCAAUCAUCGGGUUCCUUUAGCUGAACAAAUCAAGACAUUAGCUAUACAAAACGUUUCGGUUUCGUUUCGUCUCGCCAACGGAGUUGGUGAGAUUCCCGAUGUGAAUAUUGUUGGACAACCAACUUGUUUCAUUGCUCAACAAAUGGCAGAUACAAAUUCAACUCAGGAGAUUCCGACUCCAAAGGAAUGCCUAUUACCAAAGCCUAAAUGAUUUAAGACGACAAUUCAACUAAAAUUGAACCAAAAACUUGACUCAAAGCAACUUAAUAAUUCCUAGGCUUUCGUGAAAUAAUUGCUUCUAACUAAUUAGACAGCGACGAGACUGUCUGUCUAAAUUUGUCUGAAUCCUUUGUUUAAAUUCAGUCUGAAUGCAAUCUCAAAGGAGUUGAAUAAUUGGUCAAAUGAAGAAACAAAAUAUUAGAGGGGAAAGAAGCAAGUCUAGCCAGUUAUGUAAGGCUAACAAAGAUUAAGGUAGCUUAAUCUUUGAAGGCUAAUCCCAUUACAGUGAUAACGGCGCUAAACUACAACAGGUUAAAUUAAAAUUGUUACACAAAAAUUGUAUCACUCAUUUCGUAUUAAAACCUAUUUUGCAGUGAUUAAUUUUGAUUCACAUUUUGAAAUAACAAAUUAAAAAAGUAGCUCAUUUUUAUUUCAAUGCAAACAUGAAAACAGUUAAUUCACUAAAGCGUCCAUUAACAGUGUCAAGUGAUCCUUUGAAAUUGUUGCUUUGCAAGAUAUGUAAGAAAGAUGAUGUUGUCUUACAUCUGAAAACUUGUGGAUGCCUUUUCUGUGACUCAUGUGACGGUGAUUCUCCCAAAAUGUGUAUUUCAUGCGACUCUGAAGUUGAUCAAAAGAUAAAAUUGUCGUUUACAAAGAAUCCAAGAUGCAAGUUUUAUGAACACAACAAGUGUUAUAACAGCGCUGAAUACAAGUGUAGAUGUCUGCCGAACUGUUUUGUUUGUAGUUCAUGCCUUACCUACGUUCACAGGAAAAGGGUCCGUGAAUCUUGUGUUCCUGAAAUGAUGAGACCCAAAGUUACAACUAACUAUGAACCCUGUGAAUUGUGUAAAGAAUUCAUUGCUGAAUUUAAAAUGACUUCGGAGCCGCAUACAAAAAUUUGCUUCGAUUGUAAAACAAAUAAAAAUGCUAAAUGUACUCCAUAUGAAAAAAAAUCUGAUAAAGACGCCGAUUGGAAUCAGUUUUAUAAAGAUUUUGAACAAUCUUCACUAAUUACUUCGGAUAAAAUCAAAAAAUUAAAAGAAGUAGUGGAAUCAAGCAGUUCAGCUCGUGAUCAGGAGAUAAAAAAAUGCAAAGAUGCAAUGUUUGAAUUACAAAAAUGUUUGAAUGAAUAUACUGAACAAUAUGCUCGACACAUAGCAACACUCAAAAAGCAACUUGACAAUUUCAAAAAGAUUUCAAAUAUUUUGAAGACCGAUGGUACAAUUAAAACUAUUCUUGAUCUGCUCAAAGCUGAAUUAUUGACCUUACAUGGAGAGAAAGGAAAAGAGCAAAUAAUUGAUUUGUUGCUCUAUUUGCGAGAAAAAAACAGCCACAAUCAUCGGUAUCCUUUAGCUGAAAAAAUCAAGACAUUUAUUAUACAAAAUGCUUCCAGAAGACAACAUCUUUUGGAGUUUCCAUUACCUUCAUCAUCCAACUCCGGUGUUUCAGCGAAGUCAGGUGUAAGUGUUCAAGAAAUUAUCGACAAUGGAGUCAAGCCAUUUGUUAUUCUGGUUGAGAAACUAACUGAAGCACAUGAGCGUAAAAAAAUACUCGAAGCUAUCCAGAAACAUGAAGAUAAAUGGAUACGCAAAGAACGUUUUGGUAUGAACGACAUUGUGGUUAUAUUUGAUGCUAAAGCAACUGGCAGUCCCAAAUGCAAGAGGGCUAAAGUCUUAAGCAAAGGGAAUCGCACUUCCACAGUCUUUCUCCUUGAUUUUGGCUUGGAAAUUACAGUCAAAAAUAGUUCCAUUGGUGAAUUCAGUGAUAUCAUUUUUCAUGGAAAGAAAACUUGUUACCUUGCUCAACUAACGGGAAAUAUUUUUUUAAAUUGUGACUUUAAGCAAACGGAUUGGAUUUCCAAAAUUCCCCAAAUCCAAAAUGGAUUUCCUAAGGCUCAGCACUUACAUGUUAUUGAUUAGUCAGAGCGAAGCUUCUUUUUAAUUUUUUACAAACAUUAUUUCGAGACUGAAUGAUCAGGACUCAAUUUGUCGAACCGUUAUUUUAAUAUUGUUUUUAAUGGUAAAACAAUUUUCGAUUGCCAUAUUUAUAACCAGAAUCCAAACGAAAUGAUAUUAAAUCAUGAAAUUUAUCAACAAGACAAGACGAAGCAAAACAUAUGCUCGCACUUGAUGUAUUACUUGAAACUUAUUAUCUAUUACAAUGUAUAAUUGAAAAUGUAAUUCACUUUCUAAUUGAUGAUCAUGAGUGAAAUUAAAUUGGUUGUCUUAUAAAUAAAAUUAACUGAAGUAGAUUCAUAGACAGAUUAA